AUGUCUUCUCCUACCGCGCCUUCUGCACUCUCGCUUUCGCUCUCCAGGCAUGCGAACGGUGCUACGCCUAGAGCACUGCACUCGCAAAGUCCAACAUUGGCGCAAAUAACCGAACAGCCCCAGUACUUCGAUUCACUAGCAGACACAGAACAGGCUAUUUCCACGGUUGACCAUCAUUCUGUGGAUCGUACCCUUCUGUCAACUAGCAAUAUUCGCUCAGAAGUUUCGCGUUUUGCUUCUUCUCCGGCCACAGAAAAUACUCCCCUGCUUCCGCCACCUCUAAACGGCUCCUUGACUUCCAUUAACGGUCACGGCUCGAAACACUCGAAGUCCUCAAAACAACUCGGGCGAACUGUGUUGAAAAGUUUGCCGGCUGUGCUCCUGGGCACGUUGCUCAAUAUCCUUGACGGUGUUUCAUAUGGAAUGAUUAUUUUCCCUGCGUUUGGUGUCUUUGCUGGGUUAGGUGGGAUGGGGGUGUCCAUGUUUUUUGUCUCCACGGUGGUGGCACAGCUUGUGUACUGUCUCGGAGGGAGCAGCUUUGCGGGUGCUAAUGGCAGUAUGAUGAUCGAGGUUGUGCCCUUCUUUCACAUCCUUGCGGCAACCAUAGCACGUGAGAUCGGAGACGAGUAUCCGAAAGAGAUCAUCGCCACGACCAUUGCGGCGUAUGCGUUGUCGUCCGUGCUCACCGGGCUGACCUUUUUUCUCCUUGGCUAUCUGCGUUUGGGCGUGCUCAUCGGGUUCUUCCCGCGGCAUAUUCUUGUCGGAUGUAUCGGAGGCGUUGGAAUCUUCCUGAUUCUUACAGGCCUCACAGUGAGCACGCGCCUCCCGUCCGAUGCGCUCGAUCCGCCGACACUGGAGACCCUCCGAUACUUUCUCCUCAAUACCCACGCCCUUGCUCAAUGGGUCCCUCCCCUUGUCCUGGCAGUACUAUUGAGGGUCAUCACAAUGCGAUGGAAGCAUCAGCUUGUGUUCCCUAUCUAUUUCAUGAUUAUACCAGCUGCGUUUUAUGUGGUCGUUGCAGCUGCACGGCUUGAUCUUGGUGCAUUGAGGAGGGACGGAUGGCUUUUUGAUGCGGCUGAAGGAGCUGGAGGCGCAGAGGAUAGAUGGUAUGGAUUUUAUUCGUAUCUCGAUCUUGGAUUGAUUAAGUUUGCACCUAUAUGGACGACACUGCCGAUACAAUUUGCACUGUUGUUCUUCAAUAUCUUGCACCCACCUUUGAAUGUUCCCGCAUUAUCGGUGUCCCUUGAUGAGGACAUUGACACCAACAAGGAGCUUGUGGGACACGGGUAUUCGAAUUUGCUUGCUGGGUUCCUAGGCACAGUACCAAACUAUCUUGUAUACGUCAACACCUUACUGUUUUACCGCGUGGGUGGCGGGACGCGCACUGCCGGCUUCUUGCUCGCGGUCGCUACGUUUAUCCUGCUGAUCUUAGGGACAUGGCCCAUAGCGUACAUCCCUGUCAUGGUCGUCAGCGCUCUAAUAUUUGUGCUCGGCCUCGAUCUUGUCAAGGAGGCCUUAUGGGAUACGCGAAACCGAGUUAGCAGGAUGGAGUACAUUACGAUUAUCAGCAUCAUGGUUACGAUGACGGCCUGGGACUUUGUCAUUGGUGUUUUGUUUGGCAUUGUCGUCAGCUGUUUCUUCUUCGUGGUACAAAACUCGCAGAGAAGGAGCAUACGCGCAUGUUAUGCUGGGGAUUCGGCAAUUUCCACGGUCAGGCGGCCUGCGGCACACAGGGCGUACAUCCGAGAAGUGUCGAAGCAGACGAGGGUCCUUCGUCUUCAAGGAUUCCUUUUCUUCGGUACCAUCGCCCAUGUUGAAGAAACUUUGAGGAAUAUCGUCGAGGGUGCUGCCUGGCAACGCAAUCCCGUCCGUUUCGUCGUCGUCGACUUGUCUCUCGUAGUCGGUGUGGACAUGUCCGCCGCAGAAGCCUUCGUGCGCGUGCAGCGUCUGCUCGCUGCAAAGGGCGUGGUGCUGGUGUUUUGCGGUGUUACCCCCGACAGCACCUGCGGAAAAGCGCUUAGCAGUGUGGGAGUCCUCCAAGAGUCAUUCGUAGAGGUCUUUGAAACGUUGAAUGACGCGAUGGAAUGGACGGAAAAUGCGUAUCUGCGAGCGUGGUUCAGAGCUCAGAAGUCAUGGACCACUCCAAUAUCGCUUCCUGGCCGCCGAGAUACUAAACUUUCCUUUGAUGAGUCUUUGACGGGAUCUCCGAGGCAAAUGCAACUUCGUGAUGUUGGAGAGCGCACAAUUGCUGGUGAGAAUUCAUCCGAGCCAUACAAUACCCUGCUGAAUGCGUUCUCGUCGUAUCAUGACGUCGACCAGAACACAUUCAGACAGAUCGCCCCGUACUUUGAGCGGUUCACAUUCCCAGAAGGCUUCGUCUUGUGGGAGAAUAACGAUACAUCCGAUGGUCUGUAUAUCAUCGAGUCAGGCGUCCUGCGGGCAUCGUACAAGUUUGCAGAGCACAGCCCCGUCAUCGAGGAGUCGAUGGUAUCAGGCACUCUUGCAGGCGAGAUUUCCGCUUUGUCGAACAUGCCGCGCAAUGCACGAGUGGUUGUAGAGCAGCAGGUUGUAUUGUGGAAGUUGUCUCUCGAACACAUGCGUCAACUGGAGACAGAACAUCCUCAUCUUGCACAGACUUUCGUGCAACUCGUACUCAAAUCUGCAAAAGUCGAUACCGACAUCCUUCUGGCUGCCUUGGCCACAAGAUAAAAAAAAAUAGGAAUGUAUAUACCGAAUGUAAAACGUAUCUUACGCAGAUAGUACCCACAGAUAUGCAAAGCAAAGACACGAAUACAAACAUGUCACAAGAGUGUUAUCGAACAAGUACCACUUCUCGUCCUCGUAUCUCUUGCAGGACCUCAUGAAACCGCAACGACCACCACCCGCGCUCUUCUCUUUCCUGUUGUUCUGCAUCCCCAGCUUGCCCCUGUUCGACGCC